GAUAUUUCGUAUUUCGCGCCUGUUGAGGAAUGUGUAUACAUACAAAAGCGCACAUGGUUGCCAUAAAUAACUUUUAUGUGCAUAAUCUUUGUUGAAGCCAGUGCAGUGUGAUCUUAUAGUAACUAAUUAUUUGCGCUCAAAGUGCGUGUGGUCGAUGGCGAGAACUAUAAAAGCGUAGGAAUCCACGUGUAAGAGGCAAUUACUGUCAUACUGCCUAGUGCCUAGAGUACGCCGGUGCAGUUUGUGUUGCUGCCAUGAGCUUGCCGGGAAUGUUACUGAGUUGCUUUAAAUGUUGGACUUACUUGUAUGGUCUCUAUUUGUGUUUAUCAGAAGCAGUGUGUUGUACAGUACCAAUUUCAUUUCUCGCCCCUAUACUGUUGGCAUUGUGGAUUAAGUAUUUACGAAUUCCCCCACCUGAUGCAAAACUAGUCGAAGAUGUAUUAGGAUGCGAUCCGUGGGCGUUAGCUGAAUGCAACGGCAACGGAACAAAUGAAACGAAUAAUGAGCGGUAUGUUAUGAGAACAGUUGCUCACCGCGGAGCGGGCUUAGAUGCUCCAGAAAACAGUUUGUCUGCUUUGAGGAGGGCUAAAGAAAAAGGAUGCAGUGCUGUAGAAAUAGAUGUUGCUCUUACAUCUGACGGUGUUCCUAUUGUUUUUCAUGAUGAUACUGUGGAUAGAAUAACGACAGCCACUGGUGAAGUGAAAGAUAUGACUUGGGCCCAACUGAAAAAUCUGGAUAUUUCUUCAAAACAUCCAUUCAGUGACAGAUACAAGGGAGAGAGAAUUGCCCUGCUAGAUGAAGCCAUUCAGGAAUGUAUUAAACUGGGACUAAGAGUAUUUCUUGACUUGAAAGGAGACGAUUUAAAGCUUGUUCCAGUUGUGCUGGAUGCAUUUGAUAAGAACAGUAGACUGUACAAGACUGCAGUUGUAUCAUCAUUUAAUCCAUACUUAAUCUACAUGAUACGACGAGCAGACCCAAAUAUUGUUUGUUCCAUGGCUUGGAGACCAAAUUUUUAUGCGUAUCAGUCAUAUGAUGGCACUUUUGGUGAGAGCCAUCCACGUUUCAAUGGCCUAAUUUCUCAUAUCUUGGCUUUAUUAGUUGAUGCUGCCAGUGACUGGGCACUUCAUAAUGUUACAUAUUACAUUCUUGGCCUUUCUGCUGUCCUCCUGCAGAAGGACAAUGUUACACUUGAGACUGUCCGCAAAUGGAAAGAACGAGGAGUCCGUGUUAUUCCAUGGACUGUCAAUCAUCCACUGGAGAAGCAAUUUUUCUCUAGAAUACUGAAGAUUACAUAUAUGACAGAUACACUUGAUGGUGAACCAAACAGACUGACCAGUUAAUAUUUCUAUUCAGAUUUUUGUGCAUUGGUUUUCAUGGUAGUAGUCAAGCAUGUAGUGAGAGGAUUUCAUAUUUUUGAUUUAUUUAUAAUUAUACACAUGUAUUAGUUUAUGAAGCCAUAUAACUGUGGUUCAAUGAAAUGUAAGUUUAUUUCUUAUAGAAAUUGAAAAAAAAAAAGAUUUUUGUGGAAAAAAGGAAAGACCCUAUUAAUAGGGAUGGAGAAGGCUAAUCAGUCUGAUGCAUGAUUCUUUCGUGGACCAGUUUUUUGUUAAAAAUUACACUCUUAAAAUGUUCAUUUUGAAUGUUUAGUUGCUUAAAAAGCAUUUUUGUAGGCUGUAAAUGAUUCAUUUGAGAUGUGCCUUGAAUUCUGCACGUGAGUAGCUAUUCUUGAGUGAUGUCUUUCUCUUUAUAUGGCAGCUCAGAUCUGUUUUAAGUAUGGUGUUAAAGUACCAUAAUAAACAGUGUGGCUUUUUAGGGAGGAAAAAUUCAUUUGUCACAAAUCGAAGAAUGGAAUUGUAUUUAAUUUUAAUACUUAAUUUAAAAUUUACAGCUGAGCUUAGUAUCAUAUGUCUUCAAAGCAGAAGACUGCUUUUCGCAUUUUAUGUGAUGAAGGAUAUUGUUUAAAAUAAGUACAAAUUAUUAUAGUCCUGGCUUUGGAGCUGUAUAAGAUUAUUUUUCUACAUAAACUCUUCAGCAAAUUGAGGGAGAAUUACGGAACAAAAACUGUGCUUAGAAGCACAGAUAACCAUGUACAAAAGACUGCCAUUAGUUACCUAUGGAAGAAAGAAUUUAAGUAUUUAUUAUAUAUUUGCAUAAGUUAUAAUAAAAAACAGAACAACUUGUACUUACCCAGCAGCAGCAGCACCACCAACAAAAACAGUGUACUCAUACACAAUACACAAAGAAGGGCUCGUUAAGUUCUCUGCUGCUUACUGAGUGGAAGUUUCUUCCUUUUUUUGUUCUAAUUUCGUUGUGAAGAGUGAUUUUUUGCAAAGCUAAAAUUAGGAUUGUAGUUCCAACAGAUCAAAGCAGUUAUGGAGACAUUAUCCACUCAUUUGAAGCCAAAAAAGUUACCAUUAUAAUUAAGAACAUGUGUUUGGCAAUAUUAUGUGCAUUUAAUCUUACUUACUUUUAAAUAUUUUCAUUACUUCAUAACUUACUUUAAAACAAUUUAAACUGCAUAUAAAAAGCAUCAAAAGUGCAAUUUCGUCAAUCAUCGCAUUUGUGAGGAAAUGCGCAUCAAUAUGUGCAUUUAGCCUGUCUUUAUUAUUAUUAUUAUUAUUAUUAUAGCAAACCAAUAAAUUUUUGGAGCAACUUUAA